AUGAUCCUCGAUGGUCCACGCCGAGGAAGAAAUGCACACGUCCGAGCGAAGCCCAGGCACCAUCGUGCGCCCUCCGGGGCGAAUCGUCGGCCCGGGAGGAAGUCCGGAGAGCCUCCCGCGCAAGAAGGGAAGACGGCCCGGCGAGGCGGGGCGCGUCGGAGGGCGGGGCUGGAGGAAACGCCAGCGGGAGGAAGAGGAUCCAGGCCCACCAAUCGAGCAUCGCGCCCCGCGGUGAGCGGCUUGCCUUCGCGCCCGCGCGCCCGCACGCCGCCGCCCCCUUUGGAGAGGGGCAGGCGCUCCGGCCCAGGCCGCGGCACGCGGAGCGCGAUGACCUCCGCGCCCCCGCGGGUGCCCUGGGGGAUGAUGCAGGAGAGCGCGGCGGCACAGAGAGCCGUUGGGCAAGCGCCCGUGGGGACUUCUCAGGUCGGCGCCGGGCCCCACUGCCCCAGCCCGCGAGGCGUGCCAGGGGCGGCGCUGGAGGCGCCGCCGAAGGGGGUGGGCAAGCGCCAGCCCCAGAAAUCCGCGCGGGCCUCCGAGGAGGAGGAGGAGGAGGAGGAGGAGGAGGAGGAGGAGGAGGGAGGAGAGUGUGCCGGACGCAGGUCCGGGGAGGCAGAAGCGGUAUGCCAAGGGCGCGCCGCCGUGGGGGGAGCCCGGCAGCGUGUCCCUGCCAGGGAAAAAAGCACACAGCGUGCUGACGAGCGCGGCGGAGCAGCAGCAGGCUGA